AGUUCAUGAAUUAGAAGAACUGUUGAAAGACCAGGAGGCAUCAGCUGAACAGACUCUGGAAGAAGAGCUAAAGAGGCACAGAGAAGCAUACAGCAAAUAUGAAAAGGAGAAGAGCACUGAAAUUGAGCUGCUCAACACAAGGGUUGAACAGCUUGAAGAAGAAAAUUGUGAGCUCACAACUACAAUCUUACGACUGAAAUCGCAAACUGAGAAGCUAGAUGAGGAAAAGCAGCGAAUGUCUGACAGAUUAGAAGACACCAGUUUGCGACUCAAAGACGAGAUGGAUUUGUAUAAAAGAAUGAUGGACAAGCUCAGAAGGAACAGACUGGAAUUUAAUAAGGAGAGGGAGGCAACUCAGGAGCUUAUUGAAGAUCUGCGAAAGGAGUUGGAGCACCUGCAGUUGUACAAACUUGAGUGUGAGCGGCCUGGUCGCGGGAGAAGCUCUUCCUCUAGCUUGAGUGAAUUCAAUGCAAAGGCAAGAGAAGUGGAAAUGGAGCAUGAAAUUAAACGCCUAAAGCAGGAAAAUCAGAAACUUCGUGAUCAGAAUGAUGACCUUAACGGGCAGAUCCUUAGUCUUAGUCUUUAUGAGGCCAAGAAUCUCUUUGCAACACAGACAAAAGCCCAGUCGCUGGCUGCCGAAAUUGACUCCGCCUCCAGAGACGAGCUGAUGGAAGCCCUUAAAGAACAAGAGGAGAUAAACUACCGAUUGCGCCAAUACAUGGACAAGAUUAUCCUCGCCAUUCUAGACCAUAACCCAUCCAUCCUGGAAAUAAAAAACUGAAGGCCUGGAACCAGAAAGGAAAUGAGCAGAGACUUGUACCUCUUAAAAUGCCGCUAGAU